CUAUUGGAAUUUAAGUGUUAAAUGAAAUUGCAUUAAUUUGGGCUGAUUGUAUCAUGUUCCUGAUUAAUGUGGCUCUAGAAAAAAAAAAGUCCUAAGGUCCUCUGUUGUCCCAAACAAACGUAAAGACAUGCCAGGAACCAGGCAGUAGAUGCUGAGAAAUCCAGGUAUCUCAUAACAGUCUGGUCCUGCUUGAUAACUGAGUUCUUUUUUAUUCCCCCAUUGGUAUUUCUCCUUUUAUGAUUCUACUGUGUGUUUUUUUAAAUUUUAGUAUUUUUAUGAUUUUUCCUGUACUGAGCAUGUUUGUCACUGGUUGGUACAUUGCAGGUUGCCUUGGGCAUAGUCAAACAGUGGUACCUCGUUUCUGUUGACUUUUCUGUUCAUUAAUAUGAUGAACAGUUCCCACUCAUCUCCCCCUUUUGGCCUUGCCAUUGUCCCCAGUGCACGUGCCCUGCUCUGUGAAUAAAGGUGGUGGUGUUUCCAGAAGAGGUCCCCACACACUGCCAAGAGAUCUACAGGCCACAGGUGACACUUGUUUAUGCUUUCCAGGUUACAAGUUGAAUGUGAGCUGACAGCCACAAGGGAAAACACAGAACGUUGCUUCCAGUACUUAGAGUUAAAAGUGUCAUUUUGUUAGUGAGGAAUUCUCCCCUCUUGGCAGUAGUAUAUGUUCCUUUUCCAUUAUGAUUUAGCAGCAGCUGAACUAAGCCUAAAAUUAAAAAUAAAAUUCCAAACCGGGUUAGCAAGAAGCAAACAAGAUUUAACACAUUCUUUUCCUGACAGCCUUGUCCUCUAUUAGGCAGAGACAAAGAAAAAAUGUUUUGAUUUGAGUAUGUUCUACUGCUCUUGUGUGGAAGGAAUUUCAACUGCAUGUGAGUUCCUUGAAAGCCUCCUAUUUGUUGAGUCCCAUAAAGAAGAACAAUGGAUCUCACUGCCAAAGGCUGAGCCCAGAAUUACGUGGUCAGAAAUCCAAGCUGGUGUUCAUAUUCCAGUUCAUUUUCUGAUUUUCUGAAUGUCAAAAUUAAACUGUCCAGCCUCCUCAUUAUUGACCUUAUCUAUGCACCUUUAAGACCAGCCCUUGGAAUUCCAAAGAACCUAUUUGGGUAGUGGGCAUGUUUCGCUGUAGCUCACAAUAAAAUCAAAGGGUUAACUGUAUUCGCCUAGUGUAGGGGGCUUGGGAACAGGACCAAUGCUCAGCAGGUUAAGAACCCUGCUGUGCAAGCCUAGCAGCCUAGAAACCAAGUGAAGAGUCAGAUGUGGAGGCCUGUGUAAUCCCAGCUUUCCUCUAGCAAGAUGGGAGGUAGAGACAGGAAGAUCUCCCCAAGAAACUCUUAGGGCAACUAGCCUGCAUUACACGACACAGUAGCAAAACAAGAGAGAUCCUACCUCAAACAAAGUGAAACAAAAAGGCUAACACCUGAUGUCCUUUGACCCCCACAUGUGUGCCAUAGCAUGUAGAUGCCUCCCCCAACCCCAUAUACACUGAAAUACAGAAGUCUUGGUUAAUGACUAAUCUUUUUCAGACUCUUUGUAUUGAGGUAACCAGAAACUUUUGUUAGUGAUAUCAGAUAUCAUUGUUUGUUUGGUUUUUUUGUUUGUUUGGUUUUUUUUUUUGUUUUGUUUUGUUUUGUUUUGGAUUUUGGUUUUUUUUUUUUUUUUUUUUUUUGGAUACUUAGUAUUUUACUCUUUAAAAAUACUAAUUAAAUUAAAUUAUACUGUAGUUCUCAUACUGCAGUUUGUGCCAUGGGACCUAAAAAUGGGGCAUCAUGUUCCCUGUGAACAUUGGGCUGCCCCUGUCCAUGUAACUGUCUUCUCAUAGACACAUCUAGUGUCCUUCUCAGUUAUUAGCAUCAGUUUCACAAAAGUAAAACAAAAUGAGCUAAUGCUAGCCCUGACUUCCCAGAGAAAACUGCAGCGUGUUUGAGACCUAAGGUGGAAAUCCUGAAGCCUUGUCAGAAAGGAGCCCGGAAGCCACCUUCAUCCCUCCUGACAGGCUAUUGAAGAAGCAGAGUGUAGGGUGUGGGCCAGAUCCACAGCUGUUAGGGGAUUAGUGGGCCGUAGCAGGUGGAGUUAUUGUCUCUCAUCACAUGGUGUGGAAAAUGUCAGAAACUGGCUUUGGGUAAGGGGUUCCAAGAGCAGGGGGGUUGGAAACAAAGACUAUGCCAGAUGGUGUCACUACACUACAUAUUCUAGACAACCAAACUGAGAGAGUAACAACUUACCACAGUUUGGCAGAAUUAUCCUACUUCAUAAAUAAACUUCUUCGAACAUUUUCUGACACAGGAAUUUCUGGCGUCUGUGUUCAUAUUUCUGGCUCUCCCUGACCCCUCAGUCAGUCUUCUUUACCUAAGGAAAAGUUCUUUCCUCCCAUCAAAGGCCACCAUUUGGACACCCUUCAAGUGCGGUUCCAUACCACCUUCUCAAGUCUUGAGUGUUUCUGCAUAAACCUUGCCAGUUUACUGCAUUUCUACUAUAAACAUGCUACCUUUAUUAUCUCAGACUAUCAACAGUUAAAAUAAACAGAUUCCUUCUGUCUACAUCCUAAGUUUCUCAAACAGUUUUGCCAGCAGACACUGUGUCUCCAUUUGCUGAUUCAGUGUCCUUCCCAUUCCAGUUGGCUUAGUCUCCACCACUUCAUCAAACUUCUCCUUUUAAGACUCCUAAGGAAUUCAGCAGUUCCCAGCCCACUCUGUGCUUUUUCAGCCUCCUGUGGUGAGGUUCCUAAGUGGUAUUUAAUACACUGGAGAAUUUUUCCCAUGGCUUUUUUUUUUCGGCUUUGCCCUCUGCUCCUCUUUUUCUGGUGUUCUUUCUCUUUCAUUGUGUCUGUGUUGGGGUGGCGGGGUGGGUUAUCUAUGUGUGUGCACAUGUGUACAGGCUCAGGUGGAGGCCAGAGGUCAACCUCAGGUUGGUCUUCAGGCACCAUCUGCCUUGCUCUUUAUAAAUCUAUUCACACAUGUGAUGGCAUGUGUGGAGAUCAGAGAACAGCUUCGAGGGGUUGAUGCUUGCCUUCCAUGGUGUGGAUCAUAGGGAUCCAUAUCAGGUCAUCAGGCCUGGCAGAAAGUGCUCUUACCUGCUGAGCCAUCUUGCUUUAUAGAGAUUGGGUCUCUCACUGGCUUUUAAUUCAACUAAGCUGGCUGGCCAAUGAGCCCCAGAGAUCACCUGUCCUUUCCUCCCCAAGUGUGCCACCACACAUGGAUUUAUUUUAAAUGUGGAUUUGGGAGGAUCCUUUUAUUUUACUGGCAAGCAUUUUGUUGACUGAGCUAUUUCCUUGGCUGUCUUUCUCUUACUUGUAUCUCUCUGGUAUUUACCCAUGAUGUGAACUCAGUUCUUUUAUUAUUCUGGUGUUUCUUUAAAAGUCAUGGCUUCAAAUGACCUGGUAUCCUGUUCACCCACGUGCACAUCUCUUACCCGCAACUCUUUUCUGAAGUUGUGCAGCCUGCCUGGCACCUCCCCACCAAUAUUUCAUAGUUGUUUUCGACUGAGUAUAUCCAUAAUGGAACUAUUGAUUUCCUACUCCUUGUGGGCCAUCUCUGCCUCAUCUCCCCACACUUUGUCCUGAAUCUAAGAACGCCCAAGUCUACCCAUCUGACCGCUCCAGCAGGAACCUGGAUGCUGAUUUUCACAUGAUCUUCACCAUCACUUCAUCUAUGACAUAGGGAUUCUCUAUAUCCCCACUGACAACAUUUUUCUUCGAAUUCAACAAAAUCCUUUCCUGACACUUUUUGGUUUCUGUCUCUUCCAUCCAUCCCUACUCACUCCUUUGGUCAAUUCACUUUACAUCAGCCACAGUAAUUCUUUUUGAAAAUAGAAUCUGGGUCAUAGAAUUCUGUUAGACUUAACACAAGGACACUGGGAUAGAGCAAGGGGCACGUUAUACACUUGUAAAUGUUACUGUGAACUGUCACCCUCCUCUCCACGCCACUCACACCAUUCUCACUGUGGCUUGUUCAAUGUUUGUUCUGAGACUCAUCUUCUACCUUAACUACUCUCAACACAGUCCACUCUCAGCUGCCUCUUCCCCAUCUCCCUUCCACACAGUCCACAUCUUGUUUCUGUCCUCAAGGACACAAUUUUCCUAUUAGUUUAUCAGAAAAGCUUUUUCAGCGUUUUCAAGUCAAGAGUAUAUCCCUCUAUUGUUCUUUUAGAACUUUUAUCACCAUACUUUAUUGUUAGCAUCAUCAGGGGUUGUUAGAUAUUUGUUUCCCUCUCUGGCCAAUGUGAUAAAGAAAGCACUGUGGCCACCUUUUAUCCAGCCUGUACUAGCUUCCAAAAUAUUGCCCAGGGUGUUUUGGGAGUAUUGUCCUUGGACUCCCCUGCUAACAGCCAGUUCAGGCUGGGCAUGACCAAAGGAAACUGAGCCAAACACCUGCUAAAGAGCUGUGUGCAGCCAAGUGUCAGGACAGCUGGGGUAGUCUGCCCAAGUGCACAUGCCAGAGGCCUGGGAUCACACUGCCAGCCGAGCCAGAGUGUAAGACAGAAGGAGGAAAUGGCCUUUGGCCUUUCGGAUUAGGUUUCCCUCUCCACACACCUGUUACUUUGCUCAGAUAUAGAGUGCAGAAUGAGGAAAGCCAAACCCUAAAAGACCUCCCCAGUGUGCAAGCUCUGGUCCAGAUGCUCCUAGCACAUCCUGUAAUUCUGUUCUACUUUCCAUCUAUUGGGGGGGGGGGAUUUAUUUAUUUAUUUUUAUUAGAUAUUUUCUUCAUUUACAUUUCAAAUGCUAUCCCCUUUCCUAGUUUCCUCUCUGAAAAUCCCCUAUACCCCCUUCCCCCUGCUCCCCAACCCAUUCAUUCCCACUUCCUGGCCUGGAGGAGAGGCCCUUGGUCUUGCGAAGAUUUAUUUAUUUUUAUUUCCUGGGUAUGUGUGUGUUUUGCCUAGUCCAUGCACCAUGUGUGCAAAAUCUCCAAGGAGUCCAGAAGAGGGCAUCAGAUCCUCCGGAAUUGGGGUUGCAGAUGAUUAGGAGCCAUUGUGUGCUGGGUAUUAAGCUCCGGUCCCCUGGAAGAGACAGUGCUCUUACCUGCUAAGCCAUCUCUUCAGGUACCUGCCCUAGUUACUUGCAGACAAGGAAGGCCUUAGAAACACAGGAAAAGUGUUUAAUAUCACAAUGCAGUUCAGGUCUUGAUAUGAAAUUACUGACAGCAUUUCCUUGGUCUUUUAUUUUAUCUAAUUUGAAGGCAAGUAUUUUAUUUACUUAUUUAAAGUUGUACAUAUUAUGAAUUGUAAUUCUAUGAUACUACAUGAAAUGUCAGCUAUACAUGUGCUUAUACAUACAAAAUAAAACAUGGAUAAGGUAUUCUGUUAUAUAUUUACUAAGCAUUUUUUUCUAUUGGUUCUUGGUCUAGCCCUUCACUCCUCUUAAGGAAUGACGGUCAGUUUAUUUCCAUGUGAACUCUUGGGAUAAAGGUCCCCUGCCUGUUGCUAUUCUGGGAUAGAAACCAUAUCACAGAUUCAGCCGCUAUAAAUGUAGAAAAACCCUGAACAAAUAUGACUUCCUGACUUCCACAUGAACUCAGAGGGGAUGUUCAUUUAGUGAUGCUCUAAGAAAAGGAGCAUUCGGAGGCUGGAGAGAUGGCUCAACAGUUAAGAACGCCGACUGCUCAUCUGGAGGGCCUGAGUUCAAAUCCCAGUACCCACAUGGUGGCUCACAACCGUCAGUAAUGAGAUCUGAUGCUUUCUUCUGGUGUGUCUGGAGACAGCUAUAGUGUACUUACAUAUAAUAAUAAAUAAAUGUAAAAAAAGAAAGAAAGAAAAAGAGCAUUCACCCACUCCAUAUCUAAUCAAGCAAAGGAGAGGGGGCUGUUUACCUUGCUGACAUUGUGGAGAGCCUCCAUGCGUCAUAGGCCCAGGCUCCCAUAAUCCCUGGCUGGAAGGGUUGAGAAGGCUCUUGCUUUCCUUCUAGUCCCUCCUUACUUUAAAAGCAGAGCUUGAUUUGGGGAGAAAGUGUGCCGAGGCACAUCUGGUAUAUAUGCUUUUCUCCUGUCUUUGUCUAUUUUUGACCAUAUUAAAAAUAGGUUUUCAGCCUCCUCUAUUCUGAGAUUAUCUGUGCUUCAUCUGUGUAUCUUAGCAUACAGGAAGUAAAAUAGUCGAUUGAACUGAAAAGCGAAUGUGAUAUUUAAAGGAAAGGCCACACUUCCUUACUUCUGGGAAAGUUUUUUUUUUUCUUCUUCUUCUUCUUCUUCCAUUACCCAGAUGGUAGUCAUAAAACUCAGGCCAUCAUUUCCUUAGAACACGAAUCUUGUUUGUUUCUCUGCACAGAUACAGUGUGGCGCUGUGGGCAUUCUCAAAUAUACACACUGAGCUGUGUGUUGAAACUGAAGCAUAGGUCACUGUCCCUAACAUAUACUCCUGAAUGGAAGCCGAAAUUCUUUUCUACAAUAAGCAAAUGUUUCUGCAUAUGAAGUGGCUACAUUUUGAUCCUCAUUAUUAUCUUGCCAGAGCACUACUUCCUCCCUUUGCUUCCCUCUUAGCUGGGGUUGGAGGAGGGGAUGGGGGCAGGGGGAGGGUUGAGGGCAUCAGCCUGGCUCACAUUCCUCUCAGGUGUUAAUUCCAGGGUUGAGCACAUUUGCCAGGUCACAUUUAGGGUGAGCAGGAAUUGGCCCUUUCCUGGGGCCUCUUUCUUAUGUUUCAAAGUCAGCUCCCUAGCUAAAGCAAGUCGAACUGGAUCAUGGGAUUUGAGGAUUAAACCAACUGGAUGCCACAUGGGACUUACUUUUUUUUUUUUCCUAGUGUUUCUUGAUUACAGCAGUCAUCUGUUCAGAUUUACCUAGAUUUUAUACACAGAGUAUCCAUUAACUGUGUAAAUGCACGCUAGGUAAAUAAAUCCCACAAUCCCCAUGGUUUCCGGAUCACAGAUGUAACCCUUGCUAAAUCUGAGCGAGGGCUGUGUGCAUCGGGAUAGCCUGAGUGCCUACUCUGUGCUGUGAUAUGAGCUAGAGCAUUGGAAAAUUACAAAAGUGGAUCUUCAUUCUUGAUACCAUUGCUUUUUAAGCAAGCAGAAUUGGGAGAACUAGCAAUUAUAAGCACAGGAAACUUGGUUAUGCUUGAAUUUUCAGCUAAGCGGAGAACAAGUCUUUAAAUCUAUACCUCAGGCAAAACGUGGAUUGUUCUUACACAAAAAAUAUUAGUUACUCAUUUGAAGUCAAAUGGAACUGGGUGUCCUUUGUUUUACCUGGCAUCUUUUCGGUAUGACCUUGAAGCACCUGGUUUACUUGUGGUAAAAUGAUCUUUCUCAGUUACCUAGAUAUUUUGGGUAUUGUUUUAGGAUUCUCUGGAGUCACAGAACGUAUGGAAUGUCCCUAUAUAUUAACAUAAUUUAUUGUAAUGACUUAACAACCUGCAGUCCAACUAACCCCACAAUGGGCACCUGUGAAAGGAACGUCCGAGAAUCUAGUAGUUGCUUAGUCCCACGAAGCUAAUUGUUUUGGCUGGUCUUCUGUAUCCUAAAGAAGUGGGUUCCAACAGAUGUGCCAGCAAGUAAGUGCAAGCAGGAGAAGAAGAGCCAGUCUUCCUUCUUCCAAUGUCCUUAUGUCGGCCUCCAGCAGAAGGGGUGGCCCAGAUGAAAGGUGUGUAUUACAGCUAGAUCUGGGAUUUGAUUUGUCCCAGGCUGACCUUGACCUCAAAGAUUUGUUUGUCUCACUCUCCUGGUUACGGCUAAAGGCAUGCUUGAAUUGAAUACCUUGCCUGGGAGCCACUCUCCCUCAAGAUCUUCAUGUCAAGAUCCAGGUAAGGAACUUGUGUGUUCCAGGUUCAAGAUCUGGAUCACAAGUGUGCCCUCCAUUUCUGGAUUGUAGUUCAUUCUAGAUGUAGUCAGCUUGACAACCAGGAAUAGCCAUCACAGGCAUGCUAUUAGACAUUCACACAAAGUCAGCAAGUUACAUUUCAGUGUCUUCCUUUAAGAGUACAACUGAGAAGAAAGAAAACUUGCAGGAGUCUUCUAACCAAAAGAUCUAGAAAAAGAAGUCCUGUUAUGUUAUGUGGAUUGGUCUUGAGUAAUUUAAAUGAAUAUUGGCUACUCUUGCAUAUAAAUUGAAAUUGUUUAGGGUAAAAGUCCACACUUCCUGGUCUUUGUAUGAUUUGAAAGCAGUCAUUGGCACCUGAACUUGAACUCUGUCCUCCUCCCUGGAUGUUACUGGGCUGUAGGGUCUGUCACGGUUCAUCCUUUGUUUGAUUCACUCAAAGCAUUUCGCUUGAAUGUAUUUAAAAAAAAAUCUACAGUUGGGAACUUACUUAUAAUAGAGGUGUUUCUAGGCUGUGAAGUUAAAACAGUAGAAUCAAUGACUUUAGGACUUUUCUUUCUUUGUGUGUAUGUCCCAUGAAAGCAUGACACUCCUGUGGAGGUUGGAAGGCUUCCUUGGGUGUUUGUUCUUGUUUGAGACAGUCUUUGUUUAUUGCAGAAUACACCAGGCCAACUGACCCUCCAGCUUCCCAGGCUGGUAUCACAGAUCCAUGCUGCCACAUCAGGGUCACAUGUCUGGACACUCAAACUCAAGGCCUCAAGGUUGAGUCACUUCCCCAGCCCUUGAGAACAAUUUUUUGAUUGGUUUUUGAAUGACCAUUUAGUGUCAUUGAGAAAGAUGAAACUGUAAUUGUCAUUGCCUCUCUUAGUCCCAGACGACUAAGCCCAGGUUCUCAACUUGACAACCUGGACGAAAGCAGAAGGAGAUUUUUAAAAAAUGUUUCUUCAUCUGUCUCGUAGCUCUGUAGUAGUGACUGAGACAAGAUUUAGAAAUAUGAUCAGUAAAUCCUUGCUGUGUUAUCCCAGUGUGUAACCAGAGCAGCAAACCCCUGGGCUGAAAACACUUGUCGGUAAAAGGACAAUGUCUCUCUCCAGUGCUCUUUUAAUCUUUAUUGAAUGAAUGAACAAAAUAUCUGCAAAAAAAAAAAUAGAGCCAGCUAUCCGAUUCUUUGAAUUUUAUAUUCACAGAUUCAGCUAGUCAAGAAUCAGUGAUAUUUCAAACGACAACAAACGUCUGUCCUAAACACAUGUAACAAAUGCCAUUAUUUCCCUGACUAGUUCCAUAUAACAACUGUUUGCACAUCAUUUGCAUUGUAUUAAAUAUAAUAAGUAAUCUAGAGGUGAUUUAAGCUAUGCAGAUAGAUCUAGUGGGUUGCAUGCAGAUGCUACACCAUUUUAUAUAAGGUUUGAGCAUGUGUGGACUUUGUUUACCUUGGUGGUCCCAGAAGCAAUCUCUUGAAGUUACUGAGGGACAAUUGAUCAUGCCAACAUUUGUACACUGAUCUCUAAUUUAUCUGUAACUAGCUUACCAUUGAUUUUAUGAAUAGAGAGCUUUCAGGAGAUCUGUCUUACAUGUUCAAAACAGGCAGGACCUAGCAAUGGGCAUUGACCCAGCUGAAUUUUGCCCACGCAUCACCGGCAAACAAGGCAGACCUAGAACAAAGAAAGGCCCCUAAAGGAGCAGUCAGCCUCUGAAGUCACAUUAUUCUGUUCUUGGAUUUAUGACCAUUCUUUUGUAAUUUUGGGUUUUGCUGGAGAACACUUUAUCUUUAUAUAACUUUAUUUUUAAACAGAGCAAAGUUUGUUACAUUUUAAAGUCAUCUAAUUCUUAAAAAUAGGUUUAAAUCUUAAGAGAAACAAAUCUUUUUGAAAAUAAUAUAUUCAUUUCUACUUUGGUGUUUGGGAAAAUGCCCCUAUGUUGAUGGUCUUUAGAAUAGAAGCCUUUACUUUCUCGGAGAAGGAAGGACACUCCAUUUGAAUAAUUUACGUGUGAAAAGCAAGAAUCAUGGAACUCUGGAAUACUUUUUUCCUUCCUUGUGGAAGGUGAUGCCUUAGCUCUCAGUAGUUUCCUGCUCUAUCAAUAGAGCAGAGGAGUAUUAGUUUCUUUCUGGCUCCAAGUUGUCCUACCCAGGGCUCCCAGGGAGUGAUGUCACCUCUGUGAUCUGUCUGAGCCCACCUGCAGCUAAUCCUCUGUGUAUCCUUCCCCUCUCGCUUCCUUUGCUCUGGCAUUGGGCCCCAGUGAGCCUCUGCUCUGAGACCUAAGUGGUGAUCAGAGCAUUCCUGGUACACACCGUGAAGCCGCAGAAGGUUCUAAUGGUGCCUGCUUGCAUAAUUCUUUUAACCUCGCCCUUGUAUGGAAUUGUGAAACGCUUCCAGCAUCUCAGACUGAAGGCACUGAGUAAACAUGAGGAGAAGGUAAAGCUUGAUGCUGAGAGGGAAAAGCUAGAGAGGCUUCAGGAGCUGUACUCCGAGCAGAAGACCCAGCUGGACAAUUGUCCUGAGUCCAUGAGGGAGCAGUUACAGCAACAACUCAAGAGGGAUGCCGACCUGUUGGAUGUUGAGAGCAAACACUUUGAAGACUUGGAAUUCCAGCAGCUUGAGCAUGAGAGCCGCCUAGAUGAGGAAAAGGAGAACUUGACUCAACAGCUCCUGCGGGAGGUGGCAGAGUAUCAGCGGAACAUCGUGGCUAGGAAGGAAAAAAUUUCUGCAUUGAAAAAGCAAGCCAGUCACAUCGUUCAGCAGGCUCAGAGGGAACAAGAUCACUUUGUGAAAGAGAAGAACAAUCUAAUAAUGAUGCUCCAAAGAGAAAAAGAGAAUCUUUGCAAUUUGGAAAAGAAAUACUCCAGUCUCACUGGUGGGAAAGGGUUCCCUAUUAACCCCAAUACUCUGAAAGAGGGCUAUAUCAGUGUAAAUGAGAUUAAUGAGUCAUGUGGCAAUUCCACGAAUCUAUCCCCUUCCACUCAGUUCCCUGCUGAUGCUGAUGCUGCUGUCACUGAGCCUGCCUUGGCUGUGCCGGUGAGCCAGCCCCAGAGUUCAGAGCACUUUAGAAGCCUGGAAGAAAGGAAAAAGCAGCACAAAGAAGGCCUCUACCUGAGUGACACUCUGCCUCGAAAGAAAACCACCCCUUCCCUGUCCCCACACUUCAGCAGUGCCACAAUGGGGAGGAGCACCACCCCGAAGGCUCACCUCCCUCUGGGGCAGAGCAAUAGCUGUGGCAGUGUGCUCCCUCACUCACUGGCGACCAUGACCAAAGACUCUGAGUCUCGGAGGAUGCUCAGAGGUUAUAAUCACCAACAGAUGAGUGAAGGACAAAGACAGAAACCCGAAUUUUACAGCCGCACAGCAUCUGAGUCAAACGUCUACUUGAAUAGUUUCCAUUACCCAGAUCGCAGCUACAAGGAUCAGGCCUAUGACACGUUGAGCCUGGACAGCUCUGACAGCAUGGAGACCAGCAUCUCUGCCUGUUCACCGGACAAUAUAUCAAGUGCCAGCACAUCCAAUAUUGCCAGAAUAGAAGAAAUGGAGAGACUCUUGAAACAGGCGCACGCGGAGAAGACUCGGCUGCUUGAGUCCAGGGAACGGGAAAUGGAAGCCAAAAAACGAGCUCUGGAAGAAGAAAAACGACGCCGGGAAAUCCUGGAAAAACGAUUGCAAGAAGAAACCAGCCAGAGGCAGAAGUUAAUAGAAAAAGAAGUCAAAAUAAGAGAGAAACAAAGGGCACAGGCUCGUCCCCUGACUCGCUAUCUGCCAGUGCGGAAGGAAGACUUCGACUUGCGGAGUCACGUGGAGACUGCAGGCCACAAUAUUGACACCUGUUUUCAUGUGUCAAUCACAGAGAAGACCUGCCGAGGAUACCUCAUCAAAAUGGGUGGGAAAAUUAAAACGUGGAAAAAACGCUGGUUUGUUUUUGACCGGAAUAAGCGAACAUUUUCUUACUAUGCAGACAAGCAUGAGGCUAAAUUGAAAGGCGUGAUAUACUUUCAAGCCAUUGAAGAAGUGUAUUAUGAUCACCUCAAGAACGCUAAUAAGAGCCCUAAUCCAUUACUCACCUUUAGCGUCAAGACACAUGACAGAAUCUAUUACAUGGUGGCUCCUUCACCAGAGGCCAUGCGGAUCUGGAUGGACGUUAUAGUGACUGGAGCAGAAGGAUAUACCCACUUCCUGUUGUAGUGAACUUUGGCCAUGGUCCACUUCAGGGAAGACUGCAAUAGUUUCUUACAAGAGUGAAGCCAUAUCCAGUCUCAGAUGGAAAGGACUAACAGACCCAUCCCUUUAGUUGUGUGCACUCAGAACUCUUUUUAUAAUGGAGAGCCUUUCAUACAAAAGGAAGCAGGGCCCAUAGUGGUAGGACUGGAGCUCCUACGACAAAAACAAAAACAAAACACUAUUUUGAUAAAAGCAUCAUUUAGAUACACACUCUUAUUUUUAUCAGCUGGUGUUGGUUAAAUGAACUGAACAGUUUACACAAUAUCUGUAAAUAUGUACUUAGAAAUACAAGAUUAUUUUAGAACGCAACUCAUUGCCCUUGAUGAUCACCUGCCAUCUUUGUAGGAAGUAGAAUUUUAUAAAAGUAGACAAAUAAUGACUUAGAAGGCAACAGGUUUUAGACAUCUUGCCUUAGUUUUUAAAUACUGCACCCAAACCAAAGACCCGGCUUGACUCCUGUUUAACAUCAGAGUUGCUCUCUAAAUAGUCUUUAAAAUGGGAUUUUGAUGUUAAUUCUGUAGUAUCCACCCUCCCAACAAGCUACUGUGCCUAUAUAAUAAACCACUUUCUUAAAAGAAUAAAAACCAAAACAAACAAACAAACAAACAAAACCCUCCUUGUUUUAAGAAAAGGCCAUCUCAGACAACAGACCCCUGCAACAUCAGGCAGUUUAAAUUAAGGAGAAUAUUUAGUGUGGGGAUCCUGUUCUGUGGAAAAUUUGUCCAUUCUCAGUGCUGAGAAUGAAAGCAAGUAGUAGCCACUUUCCUCCAGACUGCUGGAUUCCUCUUAUGAAGUGAACAUGUUAUUGGCACCCUCACGUGGCAUAACUAUGAAAUCUGUUUCACUGAAAAUCUGAGCAAUUAAAGUAUCUUUUUUUUUUUCAAAAGACAACCAAAACUCAAAUUACCAUUCUCUAUGCUAUAUCUUUUUCCAUGUAUCUUUACAAAUGGCCUUUGUUUUUAGAGCUAAUGUUUGUUGAAUGAAAUGACUUCAGGCAAGUCUUUUUUUAUAAUCAUUUUUCAAGUGCCAUUUGUGUGUGCGUGUGUGUUCUGUGUUUGUAAGUAUGAACAAAUUAUUUCCUAAAACAUGCCAAAUGGAUAGAAGUAGAAAACAAUGUUUAGAAAUGUGUCCAUAAAACUGUCAAGCCAACUGGGCACAACUUAAAAGAAACUUACAGUGUACUCUUAUAUCUUUAUACAUGUUUCCAAAAAUAAGAUUUUUGCAACUGGAUGAUGCAAGGGUUUACUUGAACAAUGAAGGACCGAGAUCAUGACCGUAGGAGGUAUUAUUUCUUGUCUGUGAUUUUUGCAGAGGUUCCCCUUCAAUGUUAGUGAUCUUAAACAUUAAAAUGCAAUUGUUAAGAUUUGGUUGCUUGAUGUAAAGAUACAAUUUGUCUGUACUGUACUUUCUUCAUAGGAUUGUAAGGGUGUUCUAAUCACUUUGCAUGUCAUAAAUCUUUUAGAUAUGUAUGUGGGUUAAAUGUAUGAAGUUUGGAUUAAAGCGUUGACCUCAUUCACAGUGGAAA